CCCACCCAAGCCCUUCUACAAAAUCCUUAAAAAUUCGAACGUUAGAGAAGAAACAGAAGAAUUCUCCGAACUCAAAAACCAAACUUGAAAAAGUAAAGGAAAAAAAUGUCUUCUUGCACGGUUGCAAUCUCGAGCUCGCCGGUUUUCUCUCCGUCGUCGUCGUCGGCCUCCGCCUGCUCUCCGAACUCUUCAUCUCCUCGGCUCUUUCGGCUGCAGAAAUCAAGUGGGCUCAUCAAGGCUCUCUCUGGCGGCGGAGAUUCGUCCGCGAUUUUGAAGAGGAAGAGACCGCCCAGGCUGGACAUUCCGGUGUUCUCUGUGGAGGAGAAGAAAGCGGCGGAGGGGGCGGAGGAGGAGGCUGUGGAGGUGGAGGGAGAAGGGUAUACUGUGUGUUGUAAGAGAGGGAGGAGGGAUGCCAUGGAGGAUCGUUACUCUGCUGUUGUGGGCAUCCAAGGUGACUCCAACCAGGCAUUCUUUGGCAUUUAUGAUGGGCAUGGGGGUGCAAAGGCUGCUGAGUUUGCAUCUGAGAAUUUGGACAAGAACAUUAUAGAUGAACUAAACAGAAGGGGAGAUCACAGCAACAUUCAGCUAGCUGUAAAGAGAGGCUACUUGACCACAGAUUCUGAAUUCCUCAAGAGAGACGUUCGAGGCGGAGCGUGCUGUGUGACAGCCCUCAUCGCCGGAGGUAACUUAGUUGUAUCCAAUGCUGGUGACUGUCGUGCUGUGUCUAGCAGAAAUGGGGUGGCUGAGGCGCUCACUUCUGAUCACCGCCCAUCCAGGGAAGACGAGAGGGAACGGAUUGAGAUGUUGGGCGGUUUUGUUGAGUGCCGGAAUGGUGUUUGGCGAGUAUUAGGAUCUCUAGCUGUUUCGAGAGCUAUUGGAGAUCAAUACCUUAAACAAUGGGUUACAGCUGAACCAGAGACGAAAGUCGUUAAGCUUGAUCAAGAAUAUGAGUUUCUGCUUCUUGCUUCCGAUGGAUUGUGGGAUAAGGUUAGCAAUCAGGAAGCAAUAGAUAUUGCUCGUCCAUUUUGCAUAAACCUCGAAGAGCCACAACCACUAACUGCGUGUAGAAAGCUUGUUGAUCUCUCUGUUUCCAGAGGCUCUGCUGAUGACAUUAGUGUUAUGCUUAUUCAACUGAGGAGAUUUCAUUGACAGUUAGGAUGAAGAAACGAGGAAGAUUAACAUAGAAAUGACAUGGUUUCGAAGCUCUGGUUUCGAUCGGGGUGAGAAUUUGAUGCUAGUAAUCUUUUGACACAGUGGUACAAUGCUUCACUGAUUUCAGCUGGAGGCAUAGUCUGAUUAUAAUUCUUUUUUGGUACAUUUGAUGAAGUGGUUUUGUAAAUUAGUCGAUCCCAUCUAUUAGCAUUUUCUGAUUAAUGAUCA